CAGAUCACACCGGCCAUCCAGUCACAAUGAGGACCACGACUGGCAAGAAGAAGUCUUCGCCGCUGGCUAUCGUCCGCAAACCCUUCGGCGCUGUCUUUAGGGGCGGUCCGUUUAAGCCCACCGCCAAGGGCGUCAAAUCUUUCAUCAAAGCCAUUGGCAAGGCGGUUACCUGCCGCAACUCGGAAGCCGUCGAGACCAUUAAUCAUCGCGGCCUCUCCAACGCUGCGCCCGACGAGGUUCCCAUCUUCGCCAAACCAUCGACUGAGCAAGUUGCCCACCCGGACGUUUCCUCCCCUCGGCCGAUUGGGACUACUACCCAGGUCGACGUUGUCACCAAAAGAACGGUUGACACCACCAAGCCGACCAUCACUGUCGUUGCUCAGUGCACCCUGCUUACCGAGGCCACUCCUGUCUUGAACAUCGAGUCCCCCUUGGAGAUUUCCCGGGAUGCCAUCGUCACGGAGGAUAUUACCCCCCUCCAGGGGGAGGAGACAGUCGCUUGCGCUGAAGUCAUGGUUGCGCCGACUGAGCGUGUCUCUCCUCCCCUCGACAUCACAUCCGAGGCUGAACUCGUCAUGCCUGAGCCGACCCCGGUUGCUGAAACUUUCACCACCAUCGACAGUGCUUCCGACUCGCCAGUUGCGGAGGCCGAGAGUUCUGAGGUGCCUACCAUUGUCCGCGCCGAGGCUCCCGAGGUGGCUACUAUUGUCUGCAUCGAGCCUGUCGCUAUCAAGUGCGCCCUUGACACCAACCUUGAGGACACCCAAGAGCCCACGCAAACGGUUCCUCCUCACGAGGACACCAUCUUCAACACUGAGGUCACUGCACUCAACGAUCAAGAGCCCACCGUUCAAGACAUCCCUCCCGCCGCCAACACUGACGCUGUUCCGGCCGUGAUGGAGGAUUCUGACACCGACGAUCAGGCUGUCGUCGGGGAAAUCCUCCAGAACGAUGACGACCUUGAAGUUGAAACAGACACCGAGUCGGAAGCCGAGGAGGUGGACCAUCCGCUCGGAAUUUAUGUUAUGGGGGCCUCCCACAAGGGCGAGGAGGCGGCCACCACCCCCAAGCCGGCCGUUCCGGUCUACCCGGUCAUCUAUGAAGAUGAUUAUGAUGCCGCCGUGUCAAGCACCAUCGACGUCAGAUUUGAGGAGUUUUUCAACAUCGGGUUCCCAUGGUCCGUUCCCCAGCUUGUUGAGAGGAAGGCCAAGUCGGACCGUGAAAUCUUGCAGGAAGGGCUCGCGAAUCGGCCGACGCCGCGGCUCAACCCUCGGAAUGUGCGCCUAGCAAAGGCUGCGCGGGAGCUUACGAUCGACGGCCCUUUGCGGAUGCAAGACGCUGAGAAGGCGACUGCGCCUUCAACCAUCCAGGAGGUUGAGACUCGGCCCGUAGAUGAGGCCGGGACUCCCACCACACAGAUGGUUGAGACUCCCAGCAAGCACCGCACCGCAGAGGGUAUCCAGAUGAUGAGGGAUUCCGCCAGCUGGAACCACUCGCGCAGCAGCAGCUCGGGAAGCAGCGUAGCAUCCGCUAGCAGCACGCCAUGCCCUGAUACACCAGUAACGGAGUACUCGUUGACACCUACCAAAGGCGAGGCGGUAGCAGGAGCCAACGCGGGGAAGAUUGCUCCCAUCCGCAUCAUGGAAGAGACCGAAGUAGUUGGUGCCGAGCACACGGUCGGCCUCCGCUUGGUGCUGAAUCCAGACGCCCACGAGCAGUAUCUCACUGCCUCCCCGGACGGCGAGCAGGUCGACACUUGCUUUCUGCCCCCCAACGGUGACUCUGACGGCGAGGAAGCGGAGCAAACCAGCUUCGACACCGACGAGUUCUCGAGCGAGGCCAGCUCCGACUUUGUCGAGAACCCAGAAGACGAGGACGACUACCAAGCCGACGUGACGCCCGAACCCUUCGAGCGCCCAUCCACCCCCGAGCCCACUAGCGAAGACAGCUACACCGCCGACUACAAGGUUGACGACACCCAGGAGCAGGCGGACCAGGCCGAGGAGAAUGAGGAGCAAGCCGAGCAAGGGUCGGAUGUGUUUGAUUUUGCGGGGGUGGAGUGUGAUCAUUUCUGUGCGGAGGGGUGUUUUGGGUUUUUGGAUGUGUUUGGGUGGGAUUUGUUGAGGCGGGAGGAGGUGGUGGAGGGGGAGGGGGAUGAGACGCUUAUUGGGGGGGAUCCGUACGAUGAUAGGGAUCGGGAUAUGGAGGGGGAAUGCCGGGAUGAGGGGGGGUUGGGGCUGGAGUGCAUCCCCGAGGACGACGAGUCUGAUAUCGAGAUGCCCGACAUGGAGCUGCUCAACAGGAUCGCCGCCAAGGUGGAGGAGGGCGGUGCGCUUCUGCGGGCUGUUGCGGCCGAGCAGAAGGCGGAGCGGGCUACGGCGGAGAGCGCUGCAAAGGUGAACCAGGUGUCUUUUUGGGACCGCGAGCCGUCUUGCGCCACCUCCAACAUGAGUUGGGCCGACAUCGACGAGUAUGAUGACGAACCGGAGCCGACUACAAUGGAAAGCACCGCGGCGAAGGCGACUCAGUCGGAGGGGGCCGCCAAGGUGAACCACGUGUCGUUUUGGGACCGCGAGCCAUCUUGUGCCACUUCCAGCAUGAGCUGGGCCGACAUCGACGAGUAUGAUGACGAACCGGGGCCGACUACGGUGGGAGGUACCGCGGCGAAGGCGACUGAGCUGGAGCAGGAGCCGGAGCAGAAGCCGGAGAGGGAUACAGAGGAAAAGAGAGUGUCCUUCUGGGAUCGGGAGCCGUCUUGCGCCACUUCCAGCAUGAGUUGGGCCGACAUCGACGAGUUUGAUGACUAGGUAUUGAUCAGAUACCUAGGGACUCGAGUGGUAUGGUUGUAUGAUAGUGUACCGGUAAGGGAUGGACUGGUUGUCGGGAGACCUGGUUGGAUGGUGGGAGUCGUCUGACAUUAUUAACAAAAUGGGUUGGGUUGUAUCCCGGCGUUAGAGGCGGCGGUAUUUGGGGGGGAAACUGUGUCGCCUAUAGGUAAACACGCAGGUCUUGGUACACUAUACACAUAUGUUCUGGGCACCCUUCUCAUAGAUAGCGAAGUGAUUUGGUCUCAC